AUCUCGGGACUCUGUGCAGACAACACGUGAUGAAGCAGCAUUCUUUUGCGCUCUAGCCAAUCGUGGUUUCCACUGCUAUCUCAACACGCCUUAGCAAGACGCCUGAAGGGGCUCGGGGGCUCGUCGAGUGGUGCAGUGGCGUGUUUCAUUUGAGCACUUUAGCGCGGCUGUAGCUACUUGCAGUCGAGACCGUUGUUUGCCUGGUCUGUAGUCUGUACUGCUGCUCUGCGAUGGAACCUAACAAUGGAUCUCGUUGGUAAUGUUUUUCUUUCGAAUAAUUACAUGAGCGCACGUAAUUCCUGACGAUCACACCGGAUGUUUUAAAAGCAUGUCCUGUGUCUACCUCGACUAUAAUGCAACUGCCCCCGUGGAGGAAGAGGUGCAGAAAUCCAUCAUAUAUGCCCUGCAGGUGGCUUGGGGAAAUCCAACAAGCAACCACGAUGGAGGAACUGAAGCACGCAGGAUUAUAGAUGAAGCUCGUAUUUCAGUUGCGAACAUGAUUGGAGCAUCAUCACCAGAAAUUGUCUUCACAUCAGGAGGGACGGAGAGCAACAACAUGAUUAUUCAUUCACUUGUGCGUCACUUCAAGAAGACAAGGAGCAGCUUUGCAUCUCUCUCAAACUGCAGGAUUCCUCAUUUUAUCACGAGCAACAUUGAGCACAAUUCAAUCAUGCUCACAUUGAAAGACUUGUAUGAAGAUGAGCGCAUAGAUCUCACAAUUGUUCCUGUCUCAAAGGCCACUGGUAGUGUGUCUUCUGAAGAAAUUGUGUCUGCUAUUCGUCCUGAGACUUGCUUGAUCACCGUCAUGCUGGCAAACAAUGAAACUGGAAUAAUUCAGCCAGUUGAGACUAUUGGGACCCUCCUGAAAGAUGUCAACCAGCAAAGAAAGAAAGACAGCCUCCCGGAGGUUCUUUUUCACACGGAUGCUGCACAAGCACUUGGCAAAGUGGCUGUGAAUGUGGAUGUUCUGAAGGUGGACUAUUUGACCAUUGCAGGGCAUAAGUUCUAUGGACCUAGAACAGGAGCCCUGUACUUUCGAGACUCUAAGCCGCUGUAUCCACUCCUAUUUGGUGCAGGACAGGAAGGUGGUCUCAGGCCAGGAUUGUACUCCAGCAACUGCACAAUGUUCCCACCGCUGGACACCUUGGCAUCACUCGGGUGUAUGACUGAAUCCCGCGACGGUUUCUCUGGCCUGUCUCAACUGCCCCGUCCGGGGCUAUGUUGCUGUGUGACGCCCAACACUUGCAUGAUUGCUGGAGUUGGAACAGCAGCAAAGCUAGUAGUCAAGAACCUGGACAUGUAUCAUCGGCUUAUGAAAGAUUCAAGAGACUAUUUGGAGGAAAAGCUGAAGGAGGUGUUCGGGCCCUUGGUGUCUUUCAACCAUAGAAAAGGAACCCAGGCCCUACCAAACACCUGCAGUGUAUCAUUUGCUGGAAUGAAGGGUCCUGAAAUUUUGGCCAAGGCAAAGUAUGUUCUAGCGAGCACAGGGGCUGCAUGUCACCACACUGCAACCCCCUCAAGAGUGCUGUUGAAUUCUGGAGUCACGGAGGACAAUGCUCGUGGAACACUUCGACUGAGCACAGGGAGGAAAACAGCACGUGCUGAUGUGGAUGCUGCUGUCAGACUGCUUCAAGAUGCAGUGUCAGCUAUACUGAAGGAACAUUCUUCCGGGUAGUUGUACUGUCAGCAUAUGUUAAAACACGAACAAGUGAACAUAUGAUAAACUGCAACUUCAAAUUUGUACGUUUGGCUGCUUUUUGUUGCACAGGUGUAAUGUGAUGCUAAGUUCAGAAGCAGUAGCAUGUCUUUAACAUUUGACGCAAUUUUACUGAAUCAUACUUUUAAUUCUACAUGAGAGGGGUUCUUACUUGUUCCUGUUUUGUUUUAUGCUCUAAUGCUACCUAACACUUCCUUUCUUUUGAUGGUUUGUUGGAUGCCUGAAACUUGUUCAGUAGCCUGCUGCAGUGGCUUAGUUACCGUAAUUACUCGAACCUAAGCCGACCCCCAAUGUCCGAAGCCAGAAAAAAAAAAACUUACCUCAAAUGUAGGCCAAACAAAAAAGUGAGGACAGCAUUUACAAAAUGAAAACGGCAUUUAUUUAAUAUGAACAUGCCGAGCUCACUCUACGUUAUCAUCGCUGCUAUCUUCGUCGCUAUAGCCCAGACCACACGCACGCUUGCGGACGCGCGCUCAUGUAUGAGCAGACAGUGUGACACGACUCGCACGCAUCGAAACGCGGCGCGAUCUCGGUAAACAGCUCCUCUCUGUUAUCGCGCACUUAUCUUCUUUAUCGCUGUCAUCUUGUUGCGGCACACGCAAAAAGCGUCCCCCGUUGCCCUUCCCAACGACAGACGUUUUUCUCAUCGAUACUGAAGCCCCGCCCGGCUUGAACGAUUGACGAUGCCUCUGCGGCUAGCACAACUUUUCCUUUGAAAGCGGCACUAUAAUGACAUCACCUGUUUGGUGUCAUUAUGAUAACACGAUAACACCACGCUACGGGCUACGCCUUUACGCCGAUAGGUCAAAGUAGCGACGUCGCUCAUGUACUUCAGUUGGCUACUGGUGCGGCUAAUAACGGCUGUGAUACUGACUUUUCUAGAUGGUGCUAGCUGUGCACCAUAUUUAUCAUUUUAUAAUACAGCCUGGCGUGUUUUUAAAAUCCUUGAAUCUAAGCCGACCCUAGAGUUUGGCAUAUGAUCAUUAAAAAAACUGUCGGCCUAGAUUCGAAUAAGUACGUACUAUAGUCUUCUGCUGCUGAGUGUAAGCUUGCAGGUUUGAUACCCAGUGGUAGCGGCAGUACUAUGAUGGGGAGUGAAUCCAAAAAAAUGCUCAUGUAUUGAGCUUUGGGUGCAUAUAAAAAUAAUCUGGAGCCCUUCGCCAUCGCAUAUUUUACGACUCUGCUGCUUUAAAAUCUUCAACCAAAUAAAUAAAUAAAUAAAUAACAUUUAUUCAUGGCAAGAAAAGAUGAACUUUUCAAUGAACUUUGUUCAUAAAGGGAAAACGUCGUGUUCAGGGGUGUUGUGAUAGAAGCAGCGGCAUGUUUAGACAUUUGCAGUAAUGCAGCCGUCACAUUGACACUAUGCGACUACAUUUAACAGGUACUGAAAGGAGCUGAUUAAUGUGAAUGCUUUAUUAGCACUGAAAAAAGUACAAGUAGCGCUUCAUGAGCCACCAGCUCAGGUACCCUUUCUAGCGUUUUUAUCAAACCUCAAGAGGCUGCGCUUAUCAUCAAUACACACUAGACAGGCAUUUCUGUAAGUGUACAAGAAAAAAAAAUUGUUUGGUGUUUUUUAACACAUUGUCUCCAAAGUUUGCAAUUUGGAAUUAUUUCUUAAUGACUAACCAAUGUCGAAGUGCGAGAGUUAGCUAUAAAUCCUUUGCCAAGUUUGUGCUUCACUGCUGCAUUUGUGUUGUCUCGCUUGUAUACUACUGUUUCCAAUUUGUGCUCCACUCCAGUGCUCACUUUCUGAUGCCUUCUUUUUGUACUAUUUGAGAACAUUGACUUCAAACCGACUAGACCUACUUUAUGCUUGCACUCAGGUUCGUGCUAUCACAGUGUUAAAUUAAUAUACAGUGAUACACAACUGGAGCCCUCUUCUUGACGUGCGUGGCGACUGAACGGCCGCCAUUUUCUACCUAGUUGACACUGAUUGGUUGUCGAGAGGUAACGUGUUCUUAAAUUUGGGCCGGGAAGCAGAAGUUUUACAAAAUACAGUUUUGGGUUUUCAUCAAGAUGACGAAACGUGACGUGGAGCUGCAAAUUUUAUCGACUAAUACUUUUUUUCUGGUCCUUGGCAGCUAUAUUGCGACGUUAGCACUUCAAAAAAAGAAAGUGAGGGGUAGUGUGCAGAAGCCCGUGCAAUGCAUCUACAAUUUCGCAAUUAUGUGGUGGCAGUUCAAGAUAGCGGCCAUGUCAGUUGGCUGAUUGGCUGAAGGAAUAUGCCAUGGGGAGCGUCACAUGAAGGGCUGUUUCGUAAACGUCAAUUUGACAUUGCGUGACGUUGCGCUGGGCCGUCAUUGCAGACUUUUGCCUCCAUAAUUUGUGGUGUGACGAGCCGCGCAAAUUUUGGUGAUGAGCUGCCAUAUGCAAUAGCGUUCGAGAGGCAUACGUAUCGCUGCAUUUUCCCCGUCAUUUGGGGCCGUGAAAAUCUUUUGUUCAUAACGCAUGCUCAUAGUAUUUGGAUCGCUGUCAGAAUGUGUUGGCAUUUGUGUAUUUUUGGGUCAUCAUUUUUUAAAAAACGUGCUUAUUUGAAAUAAUAUUGGUUCAAUAUGACAAGCCUUCUACAACUUUUUGCACUUUUCACUGCUGCGUUUGUAUUGUAAUCAAGAUUAAUUGCUUUUCACAUCAUCAGAGGUUAUGACAACAGUAGAUUUUUAAUUUAUAAAGAGAAAUGUACGCAAGGUGGCGUCUUGAAGUUUCGUCACGCGGUGCAAGUAAGCAGCAACAAAAGCACCGGCAGUGCCGGUGCUUGUGUCGCGCGAGCGGAUACCUGUGGCACGUGCAAAUGCGGCGAUAUUCGGCUGCUUUUCAGCCAGCUGAGUUGGGCUGAGUCACUCGCGUUUCACAAGAUGGCGAUAACGCAGACUAGGACAUGCGCUCAUCAACACUGGUAGGUCACGUAUAUUGUCUCAAGGUAGAAAACAAGCACGUUGGGGGCAAUUUACGAUGACUCAUUUAGUUUUCCAAGGAAACGCAUCCUAGCUACUGAAGUAGCCGACGGCUUGUACGCUAGAGACGACGGAAGCGAGAAGCGUUUUGGACAGAAUAAUCGUGCACUUUUAACUAGUUGCUUUAUUUUUACUGAGGAAAACUGUUUUGCUUCAUCAAGAACGCUGGGUUCAAUGCCUUGAUUUCAGUUUCUGAGGCAGAACGUCAAGUUUGCGUCACGUUACGAAAGCAAAACGGGGCCAUCAGCGCCAUUUUGUACACGUUGCACCUACGUCACACCUUGAAGAAAAUGGCAGAAUCUCCAGAAUAGAGCCACUGAGCACCCUUAUCUUCCCAUUUGUUUGUAGUUGCUAGACCACACGAGCAGAAAGUGCACGCUUGUGCAUUACUCCUGCAUUAAUCUGAUAUUGAAUGUUUUCAUUUUAAGUUUGUUGCUUUAAUUGAAUGCUGUAUACAAAGACUAAAGAGUCCAUUUUCCCAAGUUUGUCUGGGCAGCUAGACCAUUUCUUCCAGACCUGUCAUGGUUAAAAAAAAAGAAUGGAAGUCUGUUUUGUUACAGUAUGUACCAGAAGCCUUUCACAGGCCGCGAGAUGAUAACACGUAUUCGCGCACUUUUAAGCAUAGCUGCCUUAAAGCAGUAGGUGUGAAGUGCUAUAAGUCUAGAUGCUUGGAAAACCUUGUUUGCAAGAACAAGAAUUACUAAGGUGUCCGUGGAGAACCACAAAUUCACAUGACACUUCUUGUGGCUCUUGGUUGACUUUCCACAUACCAAGAUUAUUGUGCAGUGUCAUUUCAAUGUAUACAUGUAAUGAAUCAUAUCCUGUUAGUUGCUUUCUUUGAUUUUACGUUUUUGCUUCUCGCAUUGUUUAGAAGCCUGAUGAACAUUGUAGUCUUGAUUUGUAUGCAUAAUGCAUUUAUAAGCUAUGUUUAUGUCAUGUGCAUUUGCAGUUCGUGUUUAUCGAAUAAGCUGCUUGUCUUGGAGAUAUUUUAGAGUGCAGCUCGUAGGCUCCCGUUCCUGCAUUAGCAUCGGCGUGCCUCGGCAUCGUAUCUCGUAACCGAGCGAACGAGCUCGGAAAAAGUUAAAAGCGAAUGCGAAGUGCAGUGGGAGAUGAAAGAAGAAAGCGCAAGAAAGAAACUGUAGGAGGAGGCUACAGUGAAAGUGUGAGGCGCAAAGUGGAGGAGGAGCAGAGGGGAAACAGCUUGCAGUAAGUUGCCGGUAUCCGCAGCCGUGUGGGCGAUCUCAUCUAUGCGUCCGAGUGGGAGGCGAGGUGGCGUGAGGUGGGGAGGGCUACGCUUGUCCGUGGUGUCAGCAGCUGAGGUCAGUCCACGGUGCCAGUGUGUGUGACGGAGAUCACUGCUCCCACAAGGAGUGAUGGUGAACGGCUACAACAAGUAAGGCUCGAUGUGACGCUCUGGUUGUCGCCGCUACUGACACUGUUGGCAUAAUUUCCUGGGGAUGAAGGGCCACUCUCGUCGUUAGUGGAACGGGCCGCUCUUGUCGUUGGUAAUCGUCGGUGAUUUUUUUUUCUGUGAAAAUCCAGCUUAUUGCAUUUAUUUUGUGCCUGUGCUUACCAACCACUUUUUUUUCUGGCUUCUCACAUGAGCAGCAUACAUAUUUUAGUUUCAUUGUUUAGUUGGUUGUGUUUCAACUUUUGUACUUACAUUUGCUUAGAACUUUACAUUUUCUUGUGGGCAGGGAAAUUACGGGGAGUUGCAUGUGCAGUACUGUUUAUCAUUCAGCUCUUUGUUGACUGAAGCUGAGUUCCGGCUUCAGCUUGUCCUUUUCUGAUUUGAUGCCUGUGACAUUUUGUUUGUGUGCACCUAACUGUUAGGUGCUGCAGGUUGCCAGGAGUGUUGGUGUUACUGUAUAGUUGUGAUUCUUUAGGAUAUUCCUAUCAUUGUUUUACAUCUUGAGUUUCUGACACAGUUAUGCAGUGCCCUUCGUGCCUUUCGAAUUACAUAUUGUUACGGGGAUGUUGGGAGGGUAGAAAGAGUGUAUUUACAAUAUAUAUAUAUAUAUAUAUAUAUAUAUAUAUAUAUAUAUAUAUACACACACACACACACACACACACACACACAAAAUGAGUCAGAGUAGUUAAGAUGGCUGACCACCACCAACAACACGCAGCAGUCAGCGUCCCAUGAUCAUCUUCCUCUCUCUUUCAUCCUUCUGUAACAUUAUUAAUCAGGUUGGUCAAUAGAAACCUUGGAAAACAUUGAUAGCACUCUCAAAAUUAACUAAAUUGAGACGCAUAAUGUAUGCAAGUAGCCCAGAACAAGCAGCCGCUUAGUCGAGAGUACAAGUCCUGUCGCUAUGUAGUCACAUUUAGAUACUCAUUUUAAGGUAAAGAGCAGAAUGUUUAAAGAUAUAUUGAUAAUAAUUGAUGAAUAUUGAUUAGAAUAUCUUGUUCAAAGGAAUGAUAAAUGCAAAAGUAAGAAGGCUGCCACAUUGCUGGUUGAGUGCCUGCUCCUGGACAUGAGUUGCAAUCACUGGCAGCAAGACAGAAGUUCAGUGACACUGAAAGUGAGGGCUGGCGACCACAGUACCAACUGAAAGUUGCAGAAAGUAGGAUGAUGACAGUAGCUGCUUCUAUGUCUCUUGUGACAGGGGAUACCAGUCCAAGCCACCUGUGAAUUUGACCAUGCAUGAAGACUCUUAUAGGCAAGGAUACACUUCAAAUUACCAUGUUAUCAUAAUAGAAGUAUAACCACCGUCAGACUGCAUAACUGCAUGGAAAGUUUUGAAAGUGCUUAGUGAGCAUGAACAGAAACUUAUAAGCGGAACUGGUCUCCUUCAGACAAUCAAAUUUGAAGCUGCAAUGUGGUCUUGUCAUUCUUAUUUCUACCAUAAUUUUUUUUAACUGGAAAGCAUGGUGCAUUAGUAUGAAGUUGAACUCAGCAUAAUGUAAACUUGCAUAUUUCAAUGUUAUGUUUAACUCAAAACAGUCUUGAAUUUUGUUUGCUCACAGCACUUUCACUCCAUUAUUAUUUUUAUUGCUUACCUAAUUAAUAUGUGACCGUAUUGUGUUGCUGAAGCACCUGACUGUGGCUCUUUGAGAAUAUUUGAUGACAUUGCCAUGAAAAGCUUGUUUUGCAGUUAUCACUUUGGUGUGCAUGUACCUGAUAUUACCUAGGAUUCUCUAGAACUAGACAUACACUUUGUAUAAUGGCAUAAGGAAUUUUGUUAGAAUGUGUCUUAUUCAUUCAGAUGAGACACAUGUUAUGUUCAGAUAAUUCAUACUUGGGCUAAUCAGUCAAGAAUUAGCACUCCCAAAGAAUUCUAAUUAAUGAAACAACACUGUUUAUGGUUUGCUUGGUCUAGUUGAAAUCGAGCCCUGGGAAUCUGUUCUAGGAAUCAUCUUUGCUUAUACUGUUAUUGUUUUUCACGAAGCAGAAAAUAAAGAGUACGGCUUGACUAA